AUGAGCGAGGCCAAAGCAGCAAUCUCGAUAUCACCGCUCCUCCUCCGGCUGGCUGACCCCACCACGACCUUGUUCAGCAUCACAGCCCAAGAAGUUGCUCUUGCCAUUUCCCACAUUUUCGCAGACGCCAUUUCACCUGUCCAAACUGGCUGUCUUCUCUAUGCACUCCACACAACCCAAUUGGAUCGUCGUCCGGAUAUCCUCGCAGCAUGCGCCAGUUCUAUGAGAUAUGCUGCUGCUCAAGUCAACCAUGAUGCUCUCGCAAAAGCUGUCUCACACCGUGCUCGUAAGGAGGGUAAAUACCACGGAGGUCUGUGCGACAUAGUUGGUACUGGCGGUGACAGCCACAACACAUACAAUGUCAGCACAACCUCGAGUAUCCUCGCCUCGGCCCUGCUUAUGAUGGCCAAACACGGCAACAAUGCUUCGACCUCAAAAUCUGGUUCCGCCGAUCUCCUGCUCGCCGCUUCUCCCGCACCUAUCAUCGCUGCAACCACCGAGAAGACGCUACCCGACAUCUACUCCCGCACGAAUUACGCCUUCUUAUAUGCUCGCGAAUGGCAUCCUGGCAUGAAGCACGCCGCUGCUGUCCGUAAAGAGUUGCCUUUCCGCACAAUCUUCAACUUGCUCGGUCCCCUGGCCAAUCCCGUACAAAACAGCGACUUGAUCGAGGCUCGUAUCUUGGGUGUCGCAAAGCGCGAUAUGGGUCCUGUAUUCGCCGAGUCACUGCGUUUGACUGGCGCCAGAAAAGCAUUGGUCGUCUGUGGUGCUGAGGAUUUGGACGAGUUGAGCUGUGCUGGACCUUCACACUGCUGGAUGCUGAAGCCUCACUCCGAAGCCGAGAAUGGCCCAGUCGACAUUGUGCCCUUCACUGUCUCACCUGAGGAUUUGGGCCUGAAGUCUGCACCCCUUCAUCUCGUCGCUGGUGGAAAGUCACCUGCUGAGAAUGCUGUGAUUCUUCAAAGCAUUCUCGACGGAACAAUCGACCCCGAAGAUCCCGUCCUCACUUUCGUCCUCAUCAACACUGCUGCUCUUUUGGUCACCUCUGGUAUCUGCGAGGCCGACAGCAGCAACAUGGGUCCUGGAGACGACGGCAAGGUCAUUACCGAGCGCGGCCCUGGUGGCUUGCGCUGGAAGGAGGGUGUCAGACGCGCUCGCUGGUGCAUCAGCAGCGGUGCUGCCAGAGAGCAGUGGGAGGCAUUCGUCAAGGUCACCGGCGAGCUUGGCGCUCAAAAAUAA